GCAGUCAGCCGCCGCCGCCUCCGCCGCGCUCUGUCCGGACAGACGCUCGCCGCCCGCAGCCUGCCGCCCGCCGCAGGGCGCUGACGGUCCCGCACGUCUGCCGCUGCCGCCGGCGCGCCCGAGUAAGUGAGCGAGCGAGGGCGGGGGCGCCGCGGCCGCCGCCCCCGGGCUGGGGUUUGGGGGACCGAGCCGCUCCGGGUUCGGGAUGCUGAGGAGACCGCGGGCCCGCGCCAGCCUCCCACACACACACACUCUCCCGGCGCCUCGGCCGGCCGGGCGCGGUGUGCAGGGGUGAGGCGGUGUCUCCAGGCUGAGGAGGGACACGGAGGAGGGUCCGGCGCGGCCCCGGGACUGGAGGGUGAGUCCCUCACAAAGGGCGGAGCGGGGCUGUCACCUGGAGGUCACGGAGGGAAGUUCAUCCAUGAGCUCGGAUUUCCCACAUUACAACUUCAGGAUGCCUAAUAUUGGAUUCCAGAAUCUGCCUCUCAACAUAUAUAUUGUGGUUUUUGGUACUGCUAUAUUUGUCUUCAUCCUUAGUUUACUCUUCUGUUGCUACUUGAUUAGGCUAAGACAUCAAGCACACAAAGAAUUUUAUGCCUACAAACAGGUUAUAUUAAAAGAGAAAGUAAAAGAAUUGAAUUUACAUGAGCUCUGUGCAGUGUGCCUAGAAGACUUCAAGCCUCGAGAUGAGUUGGGGAUUUGCCCAUGUAAGCACGCCUUCCACAGAAAGUGCCUUAUUAAGUGGCUGGAGGUUCGUAAAGUGUGUCCCCUGUGCAACAUGCCAGUUCUACAGCUGGCCCAGUUGCACAGUAAGCAGGACCGUGGACCCCCUCAGGGGCCCCUUCCCGGGGCAGAGAACAUUGUAUAGCUUACCGCAAGGAUCAGACUGUUGCUGGACACGACGUCUGUGUGGAGCCAGGAGGAACACAUGUGGUGUCUGUAUUGGCUGCUCUCUACCUAGGACACCAGCUGCCACUUCUUUUGCCUCAUGAAGAACUCUUGGGCCAGCCAAACUGGGAACCUGGGUGUCUGGGUCUUGUGACAACCAAAGCACUUUGACACUACCCCCUGCCGAGAGAAGAGGAGUGGAUGAGCCUGCGGGUUUGCCUCAAGAAACUUCACGAGGGUCUCUAACUCACGCCAUUACACUCUCUCUCCUGGAGCCUCAUCUCCAUGUCAAGCAGGAGGGUAAAGAAGGGAACUAACAGCAGGUCUUUAAAGCCACACCCCCACCUGCGGAUGGAUGGGUUUCUAUGUAGGCCAUGCAGGCCUUUGUAGCAGCAAACCCUCCCAGCAGCCCUUGAGCCAAGUAAAACCAGCACAACCAGCCACCAGUGGUUGGUGAGGCAGUGCCCACAAGGCUCAUGUUAUAUGCCUUUGAUAAGGCCAUCUUGGCUUUGAGUAGCAGUGUUCCUCGCCACCCAUUUCCCCCUCAGGAUUACAACACCUGCUAUCAAAUCAUCUAAGCUGAAAACAUGAGAUGCGCUUGGAAAGGCCUAGUCAGAAGCCAUUUCCUCUUAUCAUUUCCCUCUCCUAUGCACCAGUAAGGCCCGUCCAGAGCCCCAGCAGGGAGUGGGCCCUGAGUCCACACUGUCCCUGAGUGAUCCAGGAGGCUGCCCACAUCCCCACAUGUGCACUGUGGUUCCAGUGUAGCUGCUGUGAGCCCACUGCCACUGCCUCAGAAGGGAGCCACUGUGAACCUCUCGAGUGGCUCCAAAGAGCAGUGGCUUUUUGAGAAUGGCCCAUACUCCUGGCCCGGCUGGAUGAAGGGAAUGCCGACCCUUUGACCUCUCCCCCUCCUUCCAUCUCUUCUCUUUCUUGCCCUAUCUCUUUCUACUUCAGAAAAAAAAAAAAAAAAAAAGCCUGUCAUUCACUUUUUAACACUUUAUCCCAAAUAAGAUCCUAUGUAAUUCUGAAGCUGGUGAUCCACUUGGAAUUGUAGAUAGUUUCAGGAAGCUCCUGCAGGGCUGUCCACCGUUGGUGUGUGCCUCAGUAUUUGGACUUCCGAAACUGAAAGUGUCUUCAUAGGAGAGAAACGCAUGCUGCUCUUUGGCUCUUUCUGUCCAACUUUUCUAGAAAUGACUCAAAGUCCAUUAAGAUUUGUGAAUAUUGUAUAAAUUAGCUAUGGAAAGUAGCAGGUCAGAUGGAAAAUUCUUUUCCACAGCCCUGCUCUCCGCCUCCCUCCAUCUUAGGAGCGCCUGCCUCACUUCCUCGUCAACUGCUUUGCUCCACUCCAUCCCACAGGUGAGAGUGGGGGAGGUUUUUCAUUAGGAAUACAGUCUGCGUGACAUGGAGAAUGGAGGGAGGGAGCUUUGCGACUCUGCUCUUGGCAUGACUCCAGGAUUUUUUUCUGGAAUCCAACCUCUGUCCUCUUAGGAGAAGGAACCUGUCCUUGGUUCAGAUGGCUGGGGUCAGAUGAGGAGGAAAAUUUCCAUUAGUGUAGAAAAGUGCUGGACAGAAUCCGGUUUGGAAAAUUACAAAUCCAGUUGGUCAAAAUAGGCCAUUUCCUAUGUGUGACCUAUUCGUGGUAUGCCAACUGGACUGCUUCCUAAACAGGACAAGGAAAGUGAGGAAUAUUUUUAUAUGAAAGCCUUAGCCUGUCUGGCACCCAUGAAAAAAACUAUUUAUGCACUCCUACUUUCACCGUCUUUUCGCAUUCUCUAUUUGUAGCACAACAGAGUUGAAUGCCACAAAACACCCCGUUUAUAGUGAGCUGUUUUCAGUGACCAAUGUCAGAAGGAGGCUUGCUUCUGGACUAGCCUCACUAAUUGCCAGCAGCCACCAUUUUCCAUGGAAUGGCCUUGGGACAGAUGUCACCUCUGCUAUGGGGCUCUAAUAGGAAAGAGAAUGUUUUUUCCCUUCCUAUGAUCAAUACUGCAAAUUAUUGCUGCUCACAGCUUUUAUAGGAUUCUCCCAACUGAAAGUUGCAGCCUUUUUCUGUCCCUGUGCAUCAGUACUAACAAAAGACAGCCUCACCAAGUCUGUAUAUUUGAACAGAGGCAAGUUAAUUCCUCCCCCCGUGUCAGAGCCACAGGCAUGUUGAGCGGGUUGAUACGUAGCACUGGACCAGGGCGCAAAGCCCAGAUAGUUCCAGCCGUGAGAGGAGAGCACAAGAAUGCUCUGCACUCUGCACUCAGCACCAUCUUGGGUCUGCUUUGCCCAGAUGAGGGACCACUAACAACCUUCUCAGCACAUGUGAAUGUGGAGUGAUUUUAAAAUGCAUUCAUUCUGCUAGGAUUGGGCUGGAAGCUGGAACAGUGAGAGUACUUUUUCUGCUCCUAGUCAUCUCCCUUUCUCAGCGUGACAUCCUCCUGCAGCAAGCCUAGUAUCCCUAGCAGUAGUUCCUGCGACUCAGCAACACAACCCGAAUAUUUGCUCCCUGCAUCUGGGUCCUCCACCAGGAUGGGCCUGCGCAUCUGCUUUGCUGCACAGACAAACAGACAAACAGGCCUUUUAAUUGACACCCUCCGUUAAUUCUCAUGAAAAUCGCAGAGUUUUUUGUUUGAAACACAAUCCUUUUUUUUAUUUAUUUAUUUUGAAAAAAGAAUGAGUUAGGGACCCCUUUAUAACUCUCUUGGCUCAGACUCGAACCCCAUGGUAAAGUCACCCUUUCCGCAUCUAUCUUCAGGAGUUGCUGGGACUUGUUACUGGUAGAUGCGUGGGGAUUCUGGUCUGCUCUUGGACCACUGGCUGGUAUCCUUUGUGUGUUUCUUAAGCAGCUCAAAGAUAGAAUGUUGCUGGUCUGCUAUGGGUUAGUGGAGCAUAACUCAGCCCCAACUGGACUCCAUGGGUGGCUGAACCAUUAGUAGUUGCUAGGGGUACAACUGAAUUCAACUGGCUUCAGAAACAGGGAACAAAACCAGCCUGACUUGAUUCCUGGUUGGGUCAGUAUCAGACACUAGGAAGUUGACAUCUGCUGCUUUUCUUUGCCACGUGUGAUUUGGUUAGGCCUGUCCCUGGCAGAUAAGGUCCUUGAAGCCUGUGCUUGCCUAGCCGGGGAAGGCAGGACAGAAAUGGCCAAAUAGGGGCAGGUGGCCCCUGGGAAGGUCUGAGCUGAGGGAUACAGGGGACCUCCCACCAUUGCCGGAUACCCUGUUCUUGACAAGAAGAUCCUUCUCCCCAGUGCCAAGCCCCUUGGAUCCAUCAGAGAAAUAGCCUCGGGCCUUGUCCUUUUUCACAACCCCACUUCAAAAUCAUGUCAUCUCCCUGGCCUGAUCCCGCUCUAAGCUACUUUGAAAAACUAGGAAUUAUUUUUCUCAGAGGCUUUUUGGGCAUUAUGAAAUACAUCCAGAUACAUCCAGGGCAGUAUCCCCAGAGCUCCAGGCAGAGAGUGAUGGAAUCACCUCUUGUCACUCACUAGCCUUAGGCCCUUCUGCAGGUUAGCCUCUCAGUCUCUUCCUUAGCUUCCUUAGCUACCACCCAGGGAUUGUAGUAACGUCCCUGGCACCUCUUGUGGGGGUUAGCUGGUGCCCAGAGCCUGGUGGGCAGCAGGCCUGGUGUCAUGGGGGCUGCUGAUACCACCUAACAUCAUAUGGGUUCCAUGGGCUCCUCUGCCAUCAUGAUUGAUAGGAAUAGAACCUCAGCCAAAAAGCUUCCGGAGCUGUAGGGGCUUUCCCUGAGGCCCAGGUUCACCUGGCCCCUUUCUUCCUUGGUCAUCUCUGCCUUUGCCCACAGUGAACUCUGACUUGGUUGUUCAGUGCUGAAUAUUUCUUUCUUAAUGUUUUGAAUAGGUAAUCCAUUCAUGUGGUUCACAAAUCAUAAAGUAGUUAAAAGCCUUUCUUGAGUUCCUGAUGCCUAGCAAGCUCCGCUCCUCACUCCAUGAAUACCUACUAUUGGUUUGUUCCUUGGGUAUCCUUCCAGAGAUCAUUUACGCAUGUGUGUCUAUAUAAUUUUUCUCCUUUUCUACUCAUGUGGUACCAGACAAGUGUAUUCAAGGAACGCUCCUACUAAUGUGGGAAGAGCCAUCCCAGAAAUCAGAAUACAAAAUGUGAACCCAGAAUUGGGGGAUGUUUUUGCAAUCACACUCCUGUUGAGUAAGACAUAUUUUCAUUUUAUUGCAACAUACUGAAAUUUUAGUUUUCUGUACAAAUCAGAAUCUGCAGUCCCUCCCUUACCCCAAAUGCCCAGCUAAUCCAAGAGCACAACCAGAUUUUUCUGAUUAACUUUCUAUCUGCGACAGGAUGCUCAAGAUCAGGCUCUGUAGCUGACAGCAGUGGCACAGGCCUCUCCCAGCUCUGAGCAGCCUCUGCAGGUGCCUGGACAGCUGCUGGCCCCUCCCCUACCUUGGCCAGUUCCAAGUGAGGACCAGUGGUGAUGUGUGGCUACAACUGUUGUGGUCACUUAGGCAAGCUCUUGUGUCUUUGAUGCAGGAGUUUGAGCAGCAGCAACUGAAGGCUUCUAUUUUGUGGGGCAGACAUCUUAGCUACUGAGCAAGUGCACAGUGAGUCUCAUGUGGAUAUGCCUGAAUGUCCAGCGUCAGUUCAUGGAGCUACUCCCUUUCCCUCCCAACUUUUCGUUGUUGUUGAGACAGGGUCUUGUUACCCAGACUGGAGUGCAGUGGCACCAUUGUAGCUCACUGCAGCCUCAACUUCCUGGACUCAAGUGAUCCUCCCGCCUCAGUCUGCAGCUGCGUCUACAGGUGCACACCAGCACACCUGGCUAAUUUUCAUAAUUUUUUUGUAGAGACAGGUCUCAACUCACUAUGUUGCCCAGGCUGGCCUCCUCACUCUAUGCACACACUUUGAAAAGAAAAUGCUUCUGGUCGGGCGCGGUGGCUCACGCCUGUAAUCCCAACAUCCCAGCACUUUGGGAGGCCGAGGCAGGCGGAUCACCUUCGGUCAGGAGUUCAAGACCAGCCUGACCAAUAUGGUGAAACCCCCUCUACUAAAAAUACAAAAAUUUGCUGGGUGUGGUGACGCAUGCCUGUAAUCCCAGCCACUCAGGAGGCUGGGACAGGAGAAUUGAUUGAACCCGGGAGGCAGAAGUUGCAGUGAGCCAAGAUCCCCACUGCACUCCAGCCUGGGCAACAGAGCGAGACUCCGUCUCAAAAAAACACACAAGAAAAGAAAAUGCUUCCUACAGAAUUUUCCCUUUAUGCCUUGUUUUCCAUUUGACAACAGAAAUUACCCCACCAACAAUUUUUUUUUUUUUUUUUUUGAGACGGAGUCUCGCUCUGUCACCCAGGCUGGAGUGCAGUGGCACGAUCUUGGCCCACUGCAAGCUCCGCCUCCCAGGUUCACGCCAUUCUCCCGCCUCGGGAGCCGGGACAACAGGUGCCCGCCACCACGCUCGGCUAAUUUUUUGUAUUUUUAGUACAGACGGAGUUUCACCGUGUUAGCCAGGAUGGUCUCGAUCUCCUGACCUCGUGAUGCACCUGCCUUGACCUCCCAAAGUGCUGGGAUUACAGGCGUGAGCCACUGCGCCCGGCCAAUAAUUUUUUUAGUUUAAGUUCAUUUUUGUCCCCGCUGAUGAAAGUUAGAGCUGCUUCCUCCAGGCAGCCCUGGGAGUAGGGGCACAGACUUGUGCCUCGCUUCCCAGCAGCUGCCCAGUGCCUCUGUCCACACCCACCUCCCUGGUGUACUUGCCCCCUACAGCAGCAGCCCAGAUCCUCCCCUGGAUUAAAAUUGCAACUGGUGCCCUAACCCAAAACUUGAGAAAAAAUUCUCUAUCACGUCCACUCUUCUGGCAUUUGUAGAAUCUCUGGCCCUGGGUGUGUCUUUUCCUGUAGCUGUUACAGAUUUCUUAAGCAGAUGGACAUGUCCAGAUUCAUGCCUAAAUAUCCAGUUGAUAACUGGAAAAUGCUGGGUCACGGUUCUUUAGUAAAGAUUAAUAAGGGAUCCCCAUGUGCUGGGGAAUGUGCUUCCAUUUGAGUGGGGAUAUCAGAAGAAAAAGAGGGGCUUGUUCAGUAAACCUUACUUUGCCAAUUCAGCUAUAGAGCCCAAAUUGUUACAAGAUGCAAAGAUGUACUCCACUUUUUGACCAAGCGUCAGCACCUUUGGCUUACCAUCCAGUCCUUACUUCUGUGACUAUAAGGGCUCCACCAGUGUCAGCAGACUUGUUUGUGCUUUGGGGGAACUCUCUACUCAGCUCCCUUUGCCAGUCCCAAGCCUGGUGGAUCUGCAUCUCACGCCCACUGCACACCGUUCCUCUCCAUCUGCCCUUCCCUCCCAGGCCCCCACUAGGGCGGGGGGGUCGGGGGAGCAGGUGUGGCAAGUGUUAGGAACUCCCUUCUGGUGACAGCUGGUCUUCCUAGAGUGUUGCUGGUAACUAUCGCCUCUUGGUCUUCUGACAUCAUUGCCAGGAACGGGGCACUUUUUCGUCUUGUAGUUUGGCCCUCGGGUUUCCUCACUAGGUAUUGUGUAACUCCCUCAAAAAAAAGUUUAUGAAAUGCUGAACCUCAGGUUUCAUAGACGUGUUUGUACACUAAAAAUUCUGCAGCAGAAUAUUUUUAAACAUUCGCAGUUUUUUGUAAGCUAUAUUUUUGUAUAUUUAAUUGCUAUUUUAAAAUUUUAAUGCAUUUUGCUAAUCACUCUUAAAAAUAAAACAUGCAUGUAAUUGACUCAAACGUGUAAAUAAAAGCAAAUUUUGAAAAAUA